UGUUCAGACUUAAAAAAAUGGCUUCAGCAACCAACACAAACUUAGCAGCAGCAUCGGCAAGAGCUCACACCAAAACAGACAAGCAAAACACUUCUUUCAAGCUUCCUUCAGGGAUGUUUAAGGAGAUGGUGGUGGUUUUCUUUAUGGUGAUGUUGGCAUGGGGUUAUCAAGACAUUCGACCUCCUGCACCUAAAAAAUGUGGCUCCCCAGGUGGCCCUCCUAUUACAGCACCAAGAAUAAAGCUUAGGGAUGGGAGGUACUUGGCCUACAAAGAACAUGGUGUCCCAAGAGAUGUAGCCAAGUUCAAAAUUGUCUAUGUCCAUGGCUUUUCUUCUUCGAGGCAUGAUGCAGUCGUUGCCAACUAUCUAUCACCGGAAAUUUUCAAUGAAUUAGGGAUCUACAUUGUGUCAUUUGACAGACCAGGUUAUGGAGAAAGUGAUCCAAAUCCAAAACGAACGGUAAAGAGCAUGGCUUUAGAUAUAGAAGAGCUUGCUGAUCAAUUGGGAUUAGGAUCCAAAUUCUAUGUCAUUGGCUUUUCCAUGGGUGGUAUGGGGGCUUGGAGUUGCCUCAAGUAUAUCCCUCACAGGCUAUAUGGAGCAGCACUAUUAGCUCCGACUAUUAGCUACUUUUGGUCUGGGUUUCCGGCAAACGUAACUAAAGAAGCCUUGCAUCAACGGUUGCCCCAGGACCGUUGGGCAUUCCGCGUUGCUCACUAUGUCCCCUGGCUAACCUACUGGUGGAACACUCAGAAAUUGUUUCCACCAUUGAGUGCUAUAGCAGGGAUACCUGAUAUUUUUUCUAAGCAGGACUUAGAACUUGUGAACAAAGCUGCAGUAAAUCAUAGCGCAUAUGCAACACAGCAAGGAGAUUAUGAGUCCCUCCACAGGGACCUAAUAGUUGUCUCUCAGAGCUGGGGGUUUAAUCCCACGGACCUGGAGAAGUUUCCGAACGUAGAGGGGUCAGUGCAGCUGUGGCAAGGAGAUGAAGAUAGGUUUGUUCCGGUUACGAUGCAACGCUACAUUGUCCAAAAACUUCCGUCGAUUCAGUACCAUGAGCUUCCAGGUGCUGGUCAUAUGUUUCCAAUGGCUGAGGGGAUGAGUAACAGCAUCAUAAAGGCUCUUUUAAUCGGAAAGAAUUAGGAUUUUUUCUCAACUCAAUUCAGACUAUAAAAUCAAAAUCUUUUACUGGAGAAUAUAUAAAAUGUAAAAAUUUACUAGCCUGUGUUUAUUGUUGGAAUUUAAAUGGCUGUGAUUUGAUCUAAAGUUUCUAUCAAUAUAAAUCUAAAAUUUUCAU